CCAGAUAUGCUACUGUUAAAAACAUUGAUGGGAAGUUAUAUCUAUACAUGAAGACUGCCGAAAGAGCUCAUACUCCAGCUAAAUUAUGGGAAAGAAUUAAACUAUCCAAAAAUUAUACAAAAGCUUUAGAACAAGUUGACAAUCAUUUGUUAUAUUGGAAUAAGUUCUUAAUCCAUAAAUGUAAACAAAGAUUGACCAGAUUAACACAAGUUGCUAUAACGGAACGUCGUUUAGCUUUAAGAGAUGAAGAAAGACAUUAUGUUGGUGUUAAACAUAAAGUUAAAAGAAGAGAGGAAAAUAGAGAAAGAAAAGCUUUGGCUGCAGCAAAGAUUGAAAAAGCUAUUGAAAAAGAGUUAUUAGACAGAUUAAAGAGUGGUGCUUAUGGUGAUAAACCAUUGAAUGUCGAUGAAAAGAUAUGGAAGAAAGUUCUUGGUCAUGUUGAAGAUGAAGAAGGUGUUGAACAAGAAGAUGAAGAAGAUUAUGAUAGUGAGUUGGAAGAAGAAGAAGAUGAUAGUGAUGUUGGUGAAAUCGAAUAUGUUGAAGAUGACGGCGAUGAAGAAUUGGUUGAUGUUGAAGAUUUAGAAAGAUGGUUAGACGGUAGUGAUAGUGAAGCUCAUGAUGAAUCUGAAGAUUCUGAUUCAGAUGAUUCCAGUGAUGAAGAAGCUGAAAAGAAACGUAAGAAGAGACAACAAGCUAAAGAAGAGAAAUCUAAGAGAAGACGUGCCAGAGUUGAAGUUGAAUAUGAGGAGGAACCAGCUCAAGCCAAUGCUUUAUCUACUCAUUCAUAAUCAUACAACACAGCACAAGUAUUUUCAUAAACAUUGCAUUAAUUGGUUUAUUUGUAUCAUAAUUUCCUGUAUAUUAGAAAUUUUUCAUUUUCAUUUGAUUUAGAACAGACAUGUAGAAUUUAAGAAGAACUUGAAUUAAAACUAGGUAACACCAACAGUAGAUUCCAAAAUGAGACUCCUCAACUU